AUGCUUGCCAAGCUCGACGUCGCUGCUGUUCUGGCGGCUUCGGCUUCGCUGUCGGCUGUCGCGGCCCAGACGUACCAGCGCCUGGGCACCUGCCCGACUCUCGGCUGUCUCCUCCCGCCCGACCAGAGCGACUUUCUCCCCGGCCAGCUCUUUGACCUGCGGGUCGAGGUCCACGCGCCCGUCAACGGCAGCGAGGCCGCUCACGACGGCAGGCCUGACGACAAGUUCAAGGUCACUAUUGCCAGGGACGGCCAUGCUCCCCGGGACAUUGCCGCGGCCUUCAAGGUCGAGGAGCCCCCGCUGGAGAAGUGGACUUUCGACUGGUACGAGGACUUGUUUGCCCGAGACAGAAAAACACCCUCGGUCGUCAAUGUCUCCUCCAAGAUCUACCGCAAGCUCUCUCUCGACGAGCCGGGAAAGUACACCGUCACCCUCGAGUACUACGGCGGCGAAAAGACCACGGCCGAAUGGGUCGUCCGACCCAUCGCCAAGCACAGAAGGGCCAAAAAUGUCAUCUUCUUCAUCGGUGACGGCAUGACUACCAACAUGAUUACCGCUGCCCGUCUGCUCGGACACAAGAGCAUCAACGGCAAGUACCAGACUCAAAUGCAGAUGGACCAGUUCCCUGUCCUCGGUCACCAGAUGACCCACUCCAUUGACAGCUACAUCACCGACUCGGCCAAUUCCGCCUCCGCUCUGUAUUCUGGCCACAAGAGCACUGUCAACGCCAUGGGCGUCCAUGCCGACUCCUCGCCCGAUCCAUUUGAUGAUCCCAAGGUCGAGACAAUUGUUGAAAUCUUCCGCCGAGUUACCAAAGGCGCAUGGGGCGCUGUUUCUACCGCCUUCCUGGCAGACGCGACCCCAACUGCCCUCACUGGCCAUACCCGCCGCCGUAACGAGUACGGACCUCUCGUUGACCAGGCUCUGCACGGCGUGACCAACUACAGCUGGACCAACCACGGCGGCCCCGACGUCUACUUUGGCGCUGGCGCAGAGCAGUUCUUUGCCGGCAAGGGCACCUACCAGGGCAAGGACUACUACGGCGAGUUUGCCAACAAGGGCUACACCAUCAGCUUGAACAAGACGUCGCUGGGGAAGAUUGACACGAGCAAAAGGGCCCUCGGCGUCUUCUGCCAGAGCAACCUGCCCGUCUGGCUGGACCGCAACGUGUACACGGAGAACCUGCGAGCUUUCAAGAACGACCCCAAGGGCGGCAAGGAGCCCGCUCUCGAUCUUCCCGGACUCAAGGACAUGACCCUCAAGGCUGUCGAGGUGCUCCACAAGCGCGGUGGUGACAGGGGCUUCUUCCUCAUGUCCGAAGCCGCCUCCGUGGACAAGCAGAUGCACGCUCUGGACUACGAUCGUGCCCUGGGCGACCUCCUGGAGCUGGACGACACUGUCCGCGCCACCAUCAACAAGCUCAAGGACAUGAAGAUUCUCGACGAGACGUUGGUAGUCGUCUCAGCCGAUCACGGCCACGGGUUCGAUGUCUGGGGAUCAGCUGAUACCGAGUACCUCGCCAAGCAGCGGGACGAGCGCGCCAAGCGCGACGCCAUUGGCGUCUACGAACAGUCCGGCUUGUCCCAGUACACCGUCAAGCCCAAGGAUGUCAACUACGGCACCGGGGUCAACUUUCCCGCCAACUGGGAGCCCCGGUACGCCAUAGCUGGCGGCGUCGGCGCCGCUCCGGACCGUCGAGAGGACUACAAGGUGCACAAGAGCGGUUCACGCGUGCCCGCCGUCAAGAGCAGCGACGGCUACGUCGUCAACCCCAAGGAUGCCCCCGACGGCAUCGUCAUCAACGGCACCCUACCGACCAGCGAGGCCCAGGGUGUCCACUCCCUGACCGACGUUCCCGUGUUCGCCAUGGGCCCUUGCCAGGAGACCUUUGGCGGCACCUUUAACAACGUUGAUAUUUUCUACAAGAUGGCCUCUUGCCUGGGUCUUGCUCGUCCUUACACCGGGUAA